CCCCUCCGCUAGCAAAACGUCAAGUCACUUCGUUACGUGUGGAGGUUCGCUCAUUUGAAUCAGUUUGUCGAUUGCUUCAUUUCGUUAGCAGUGCUCUCAGACACCAAUUUUACUGUGAUAUUAUUCAUUUCGUGUGUGUUCAGUGAUAUUUAAAGUUGUUAAAUAACACCAGAAGAUGUCUUUCAACACAGACAUAUCGACAAAAUUGGAAAACAGCAGGAACACCCUGCGCAAAAUCGCCCGUAAUGAUGGUGCUGAAUUUUCAAAACAGAGCAUCCUGAAUGACAUGGAGAAAUUUGUCAAAAUGGUUAACACCAUGGAUGAGACGGUCUUAGUACCAAGUCGUCUGAUGAAUUUGCCACAGGAAGGUGACGAUGACCCAUUCAGCAUGUUCUCCAUGCUUAAUGAUCUGAAGACUGAGUUGCUGUGGUCAGGUGGUGAUAGCCAAGAGCAGGUGGAGCGAGGGAGGCGCGUGUCUGACCUCAGCGACACUGAAAGCGAUGCUUCUAGUGCAGCGGGUGACUCUGGAAUCGAAGGCGAAGAUGAACGCGAGUCCGCAGCGAGGGCCGCCGCUGCGUGUCGCCGUCAUCUACGUGGUUUGCGCCGUUCUCUCCGCCAACUCACUGUCGCAGCAGCACAACUCACGAGGACCUACCAGGAAGAAGUAGGAGCCCCUGUUUAGACUGUGAUGCUUCUCUAUUAAUUAAUCUUUUAUUUCCUGUGAUUUAAAGCCUGGCCCGCGCGCGAUGUACAUAUAGAAUAACAGCCUGCAUUGUAAAUAUAGGAUAUAAGGGCUGAACGUGUAAGGGAUUCUCAGUAAGUUAUGAGGUUAUUUAAUAAAUUUAAUUUUCUCUAUUA